UUCCAUAGUCAGUCGUUUGAGAAACUAUUGUAGAAUGAGAACGUUAAUCGUUGUAUUGUUGUUAAGAUGUUUAGCUUCGGCAGACGACCAAAAGUUUCCCAAUGAAUUCAAGUUUGGCGUAGCAACAAGCGCUUAUCAAGUAGAAGGUGCAUGGAAUGUCAAUGGAAAAGGUCAAAAUAUUUGGGACACAGCAACACAUUACAACAAUUUCAUUGUGGACAACAGCACGGGAGAUGUAGCGUGUGAUGCUUAUCACAAGACAGAUACAGAUGUUAAUCUGUUAAAAAAUCUAGGUGUUCACUUUUAUCGAUUUUCAAUUUCCUGGUCAAGAAUUUUACCAUAUGGCUUUGCAAACGACACGAAUCCAGAUGGAAUACAUUACUAUAAUAACUUGAUCAAUAAACUUCUUCAAAACGGUAUUCAACCUAUGGUUACGAUUUUCCAUUGGGAUCUUCCUCAAAGCCUUCAAGACUUAGGAGGAUGGACAAAUCCUUUAAUGUCUGAUUAUUUACUAGAUUACGCCAAAGUGUUGUUUAAUCAAUUUGGGGAUAGGGUUAAAUAUUGGAUAACGAUAAACGAAGCGCAAAUUUUGUGUACUGGUGGUUACGAAGGUUCUCCUUUAAUGAAAUUAGCGCCGGAUUAUAAUUCGCCGGGGAUAGGACCCUAUUUGUGCGGGCACACUUUAUUAAUAAGUCAUUAUAAAGUUUAUAGAUAUUAUCAAAAACAUUUGAAAGAAAAGCAAAAGGGUAAAGUUGGUAUUACCCAUCAAAGUAUUUGGUACGAACCAAAUUCCAAAAACAAGGAUGAUGUUAACGCCGCGGAAACUAAGCUUCAAUUUGAAUUAGGAUGGUUUGCUCAUCCAAUUUUUUCAAAAUAUGGCGAUUAUCCAAGUGUAAUGAAGCAACGAAUCGGACGAUUAAGUAAAGAGCAAAACUACCCUAGAUCUCGUCUUCCCACAUUUACAAUGCACGAAAUUAGAGAACUUCGAGGUUCAGCAGAUUUUCUUGGGUAUAAUCAUUAUACAACGAGAAUUUGUAAACCCGGAACUAAUGCAACCCAGCCAUCAUUGGAAUCAGAUGCAGGUGUAACCUGCUUUCAAAACAGCUCAUGGCCAUCUUCAUCAGCACCUUGGUUGAAGGUGGUACCAUGGGGCUUUCGAAAGAUAUUAAAUUGGAUUCGAACUCAGUAUAAUAACAUUGAAGUUAUCGUUACUGAGAACGGAUUCGCCGAUAGAGGAGAUAUAAAUGAUUGUGGAAGAGUAAAAUAUAUGAAUAGUUAUUUGGAAGAAUUACGAGAUGCAAUAAAUAAAGAUGGUUGUAAUGUUACCGCAUACAUAGCUUGGAGUUUCAUAGAUAAUUUUGAAUGGGCAAGUGGAUACACGCAAAAAUUUGGACUAUACCACGUUGAUUUUAACUCUCCCAAUAGGACAAGAACGGCUAAAAGGUCUUCGUAUAACUAUCAAAAUAUAAUAAAAACUGGCAAAAUUGAUAAGAAUUAUCAACCACCAGGUUUUCAGAAAUGUACAUAAUAAUCAGAAAGAAGUGUUCAAUAAAUAGUUUUUACAUGU